AUGGAGAUAACUAUUUCUAGAACCACUUCUGUUUUCUCACAGGAAACUUGUGAAUCUCUCUUGAAUUUAACCUUGGAAGAGGUGAAGAAGAAUUAUGAGGUUGAAAAUCCACAGAGGAAAUUUUUUGGCGUUAUCCCAACAUCCUUCUCAGCCUCUGAGGCCCCCAGUCCUGAGUUUGGGCUGGUGAUUGAUGGACGGACGCUGAACGUUAUCUUCCAGGGGGGUCUGGAGGAGAAGUUCCUGGCGCUGGCAAAGCACUGUCGCUCGGUGCUCUGCUGCCGUUCCACCCCUCUUCAGAAGAGUAUGGUGGUCAAGCUUGUCCGGAGGCAGCUUAAAGUGAUGACCCUGUCGAUAGGUGACGGUGCAAAUGAUGUAAGUAUGAUUCAAGCAGCUGAUGUUGGAAUUGGAAUAUCUGGCCAAGAAGGCAUGCAGGCUGUGAUGGCUAGUGACUUUGCAAUAUCCCGAUUUAAGCAUCUCAAAAAACUUCUUCUUGUCCAUGGACAUUGGUGUUAUGCUCGCCUGGCAAAGAUGGUGAUUUAUUUUUUCUACAAAAAUGUGACGUACGUUAACCUGCUCUUCUGGUACCAGUUCUUCUGUGGGUUCUCAGGCAGCACAAUGAUAGAUUACUGGCAGAUGAUUUUUUUCAAUCUCUUCUUCACCUCGAUGCCUCCUCUUCUCUUUGGAGUCCUGGAUAGAGAUGUUUCUGCAGAAACACUUCUAGGUUUGCCCGAGUUGUACAAGCAUGGACAAAAUUCCGAAAUAUACAAGCUGUCAACUUUCAUUAUUACAAUGUUGGAUGCCUUCUAUCAGAGCCUCAUUUGCUUCUUUGUCCCCUAUUGGACAUACAAGGACUCUGACAUAGAUGUGUUUUCCUUUGGAAACCCCAUCAAUACCAUCUCCCUCCUGACCAUUCUCUUGCACCAGGCUCUAGAAAUGAAAACAUGGACCCUGUUCCAUGUGGUAACGAUGAUUUGCAGCGUGGUGUUUUACCUCAUCUUCUCUCUGCUCUACAAUGCCACCUGCGUGGUCUGCAACCCUCCCGCCAACCCCUACUGGACCAUGGAGAAACAGCUUUCAGACCCCACCUUCUACUUAUUGUGUCUCAUCACCCCGGUCAUCGCGCUCUUGCCAAGGUUUUUUAUUUUUGCUCUACAAGGAACCGUUGGAGCACCUCUGACCCUGAAAGCACAACAGCUAGAUAAGCUUCCUAAAGGGCAACAGGAUCUUGAAAUCCAGAAACUGAGAUCACGAAAUCAAACUACUGUAGCAUCACCUGCAUCUAAUGAUGACCUUGAGCAAAACAUCAGCCACUUAUGUGUCUCACCGUUUUUACAUCCGACGGCAGCAUCUGUGUCUCAUGGCGACACAGAAAGUCAGGGACUUUCUGCCUCUGAAGUGAAUCCUCUCAGGAAACGGACACCUGAAGAAGGCUACUAUUUCUUUAAUAGGUGGGCAGAGGAGGAAUCUACUGCUACAGACUUUUCAGCCGGAACUUUCUCUGGCCAUUACCCCCUUGUACCCAGCAGUGUAACAACUGGACAGGACAGUGGCAAACUGACUAAAGAUAAUGCUAACAAUUUUAACCACGGAAGCCAUCGGCGAUCUGUGAGUGCAGUGACACUCUGA